UACGAAAACAGAGCAACUGACGAAAAUAAAAUAACUGAUACUUUUAUAAAAGAAAUCAUUAAUAAAUAUAAAAAGAAAAAGGUAUUUGUUUUUAAAUACCUAGAGGAAAAACCACCUUCUUCCUCCUCACCAUUUUUAAAAAAUGAACUCGCUCACAAUGAAGUGGUUGUUGAAAAGGAAAAUAAUAUAUUCAAUAAGGUAGUUUCAAUAUUCUCAGACCCUCAACCCCAAGUUUUUACCCUAAAUGACCUUCAAAAUAGCAAUUAUAAAAUCCAUCUUUUGAAAUACCAGGCCACAAACUAUCAAAACUUUAGUUUAGAAAGAGAGGUAAAGAGAAUUUAUAUAUUUGAAUUUUUAAACAGGAAGUCAGUUAUGGGCGAAUAUGGACAAUUAAAAGAUUUUCACUCUGCAUUAAUUUACUUUGCGACAAAAUAUAAAGAAUAUGAAAUCAUUGAAACACUUUUAAAUUCCUAUACAUCAGAUACUGAAAAUAUUAAAGAGGAAGUUUUCAAUAAUAUAUUUGCUUAUAGGGACCAAAAUCUUUUUAAAUAUGCCAUAGAAAACAAUAUAGUACCGGAUCUCGAAUCUUUUCACAUUAAAGUAUUUGAAAUGGAUCCAAAUUGUGCAAUAGAAGAGUAUCUGGAUCUUUUGGUUCUACUCUUAGAAUGUAAUCAAGGAUUAUUAUUUCAAAAACUAUUUUUUUCAAUCCAAAUAUUUUUUGAAACAACAGAAGAUAUGGAAAAGCUAAUUACAACCCUUCUUCAAUUUUAUGUUGGUAAAGAACCAUACAAUAAACUAAGUGCGCUCAAUAUCAUUCAUCUACCAUUUGCAAGAUAUGUCUAUAAAAAUCAUAAGUCUCUUUUUAUGUCAUGGGAAAAAAACAGUUUUAUAAAUAGGGGAAUUUUACUUUAA